AUGUCUCUAAGGCAACAAAUUAGGAGAGGGAGUAGUUCCAAAUUCAACUAUGUCAUCAAAAGGCCAAAAAUAACCGAAAACAUAGCUGGUAUCGUUUCAAAUCAAGGAAAAGCCCAUAAUGACCUUGAUGCUUUUGGGGAAAUUUUUAAGAGAGCAGCUGUGGCCAAACUACCCACUUACCUUGGCAAAGUGGAUCCAGCAAGCUUAGAAAAUUGGGUGAGAGAGUUUGAUAAACUUUUUGAUGCUAUCAAUUACCCUGCGGAAUUAAGAGUCAAUAAUGUUGUUUAUUACCUUAGAGAGGAAGUCGAUUUGUGGUGGAGUCAAAGGAGAGAUGACUUGAUGAGUAGUCCUAACUUUGGGUGGGCUGAAUUUAAGGAGACUUUAAGAGAGAAGUUUUACCCUGCCUAUUUGAGGAAACAAAAAUGUAUGGAGGUUACCAACCUUAGGAUGGGGAGCAUGACAAUAAAUGAGUAUUAUAGCACGUUCAUUGAGUUAAUGAGAUUUGCACCUGAGGUAGUACCAACUGAAGCACUUAAGGCCUAG